CAGGAUGGAAGGCUCGGCUGGGACCCUGCUCUCUCUUCUGCUGAGAUUGCUGCUCACGUCCAGCCCGGGAGCCCCGGACCACAGCCCUGGCCUGGUUGCCAGGAUCACCGACAAGGGCCUGGAGUAUGUGGCCAAGGAGGGGCUGGUGGGUCUGCAGAGAAAGCUGCACGGAAUCGCCCUGCCCGACUUCACCGGGGACUUCAGGAUCAGCCACCUCGGCCGCGUGCGCUAUGAGUUCCACAGCCUGGACAUCUCCAGCUGUGAGCUGCUGGGCUCUGCUCUGACGCCCCUCCCCGGCCAGGGCCUGAGUCUGGCCAUCUCUGACUCCUCCAUCGGGGUCCACGGCAAGUGGAAGGUGCGCAAGUCAUUCGUGAAACUGGACGGCUCCUUUGACGUGUGGGUGAAGGACAUCACCACUUCCGUCAACCUCCUCUUGGGCAGCGAGCCCUCGGGGAGGCCCACGGUCACUGUCUCCAGCUGCAGCAGCCACAUCUCUGACGUGGAGGUGGACGUAUCAGGAGAUUUGGGGUGGCUGCUGAAUCUCUUCCACAGCCAGAUUGAGUCCAGGUUCCAAGAAGUAUUAGAGAGCAAGAUUUGUGAAAAGAUCCAGAAUUCGGUGACCUCUGACCUACAGCCUUAUCUCCAAACUCUGCCAGUCACUACGGAGAUGGACAGUCUCGCCAGCAUCGAUUACAGCUUAAUGCAGGCCCCUCGGGUAACAGACCAAGUGCUGGACGUGAUGUUUAAGGGUGAAAUUUUUAACCACAAUCACCGCUCCCCAGUUCCCUUCGGUGCUCCUGUCAUGAGUCUUCCUGAGGAAUGCAACCGAAUGGUCUACUUUGCCAUCUCUGAUUAUGUCUUCAACACAGCCAGCCUAGUUUAUCAAGAGGCCGGGUACUUGAACUUCUCCAUCACGGAUGACAUGAUUCCACCUGAGUCGCCCAUCCGACUGACAACCAAGUCCUUCCGUCCCUUCAUCCCCCGGUUAGCCAAGCUGUACCCCAACAUGAACUUGGAGCUCCAGGGAGCAGUGGUCCCGGCCCCAUUCCUGAACUUCAGCCCCGGGAAUCUGUCUUUGGCCCCCCAGAUGGAGAUUGAGGCCUUUGUGGUCCUGCCCAGCUCCAUCAGGGAGCCUGUCUUCCGGCUUGGUUUGGCCACUAAUGUGUCCGCCGUGCUGACCUUCAAUACUACCAAGAUCACUGGGUUCCUGAAGCCGGGAAAGGUACACAUGGAACUAAAAGAAUCCAAAGUUGGAGUAUUCAAUGUGGAGGUGUUGGAGGCGCUGCUAAACGUCCACAUUCUCAACACUCUCUACCCCAAGGUCAACGAUAAGUUGGCAAAAGGCCUCCCCCUCCCUCUGCUAAAGCAUAUUCGGCUCUACGACCUUGUUCUCCAGAUCCACAAGGACUUCCUGUUCUUGGGCGCCAACGUCCAGUAUACGAAAGUUUGAGGGCAGGGAGGAAGGUGGGGCUUGGAGGCCACAGCUGGAUCGGCAAGUUGCACUUCCAGAUGCGCAGCAUACUCCCAGAGAUUCUGGGAGGGUGAAGACAUUUCUGUUCUCAGCUCUGGGGGCGAGGUCCAUGUGGCCUCUGCUCCCACACUCCUCCUCCUCGGCAGGGGCACCCACGCCCUCUCUGACUCCGGACUUUACCUUCCUGCCAGGAUGGAUCAUUCUCCCCCUCAGGCCUGUUAUAUCUUUAAGGGCAGGCACCGUCUUUUUUAUUCACCAUCUGAUCCCUGUGCCUAGCAGAGUGCCGGCACUUAGUAGGUCCUCAAUAAAUAUUUACUG